AUGAAUGUCCUCUCCAAGCUGUUAGAUAUUGCUGCUUCUGGAAAAAAUUUCCAAUUUCACCCUAAGUGCAGAAGAGUGAAUUUAACUCACUUAUGCUUUGCAGAUGAUUUGCUUAUUUUUUGCAAAGGUAGUUUGAAUUCAAUUGUAGGGGUGAAAUGUGUCUUGGAAAGGUUCUAUGAGUUGUCUGGGAUGAGGCUUAAUGCUUCUAAGACUGAAAUCUUUAUUGCUGGUGUGAAUGAUAAUCAGAGGACCUUGGUGCAUGAGGCUACUGGUUUUAAAAUAGGCUGCAUUCCUGUAAGAUAUCUAGGGGUACCUCUUGUCCCUAGGAAAUUAACAGAGAAAGAUUGUGCUAGUCUAGUGGAGAAAAUCAAAGCAAAGCAGCGUAUUCUGCCUGCUGUUGUGGUUAGAAGGGUGGACCAACUUUGUGCUAGGUUUUUCUAG